AGAAUACAAGAUGGGUCCUAAGAAAGAUGGUGGUGGAAAGAAACCGAAAAAAACUGCUUCAGGAUACAGGAUGCCGGACCAUCUUCCCCCCGGCACGGUACUUGUGGAUAAAAACAAGAAACCAUGGACCCUGGGUAAAUCUAUUGGAGUUGGUGGCUUUGGAGAGAUUUAUCUAGCUGUUGAGGGAAAAAAUGCACCAACUGAUAAUGCCAGGAUUUUAAAUGAUGCGAAUUUUGUUGGCAGUCAUGUUGUGAAAAUUGAACCCAAGGAGAACGGACCCCUUUUUGUAGAAAUGCAUUUUUAUAUUCAGGUAGGAACAGCUGAUCACGUGAAGAGCUGGGGUAGGCCAGUCAACAUGCCCUUGAUGCGCGCACAAGGAAGUCACCCACACAAAGACGAUAUUUAUCGUUUCCUCGUCAUAGAUAGGCUUGGCGUUGAUCUGGAUAAAACAUUCCAGAAUGGUCGGAAUCCUUUGUCUGAUAGUUUAAUCGGUACUCUUGCAGUACAGAUAAUAGAUACACUACAGUACAUACACUCAAGAGGAUACACUCAUAAUGAUAUUAAGGCAGCAAAUCUUCUUGUUGGUUUAAACAAGGAGAGUGGAAAGAUAUUUCUGGUGGAUUUUGGUCUCUGUGUUAAAUAUAUCAAGACGACAGGACACAAAGAGUAUUGUCCAGACAAGAAAAAGGAACAUGAUGGAACUAUAGAAUAUCUAUCUAGGGAUGCACAUAUAGGUUGUACUAGCAGGAGAAGUGAUCUUGAAGUACUCUGCUAUAAUCUAUAUCACUGGAAAAUGGGGACAUUACCUUGGAUAUCUAGCACGGCCAAUCCCGUGAAGGUUCAAGCUGAGAAGGAGAAGUUGAUGUGUUCUCUGCCAGGAUCUGUCUCCAACCUUUCUAAACCUACCCAGAACCUUUUCAACUACGUCAAAAAUCUAGAAUUUACGGCUGAACCGGAUUAUGACAAAUGCCGCAGCUUUUUCUCCGCGGAACUGAAGCAAACCGGAGGAAAGAUAAAUCUAACGGCAUCCUCUCCUAAUAAACCUGUGAGGACGCCUAAAGCACCUGGUAAAGCGGGUAGAUCUCCUAAGAAAUCUGUUGUGCUUAGCGCGACAGAGGAAUCAGAGAGCGAAGAUAUCUUCGAACCUUCUCCACCCAAGAAAAUGGAAGGUACUCCUCGGGGGACUCCUAGAUCAAGAGGUAGAGGAACUCCAGUAAGCAGAGGAACACCUCGAGCUACAGACCCCGAGGUGGAGAAGGUUGUGAAGGCGGAGAAGGUUGUGAAAGGAGUGAAGAAAGUUGCUGCUGCUGCUAAGAAGACUGAGAAGAAGAUUUAUAAAGAGAUGGCUUGUCAAACCAGUCCAGGCUUUAUUGCUAAGGCUGCCGCAGCGAGAAAAUCUCGUCCCACUGUUGAUCGUCUUUCAUCUCCUAGUAGUGUUCCUAAAAAGUCUCCGAAAAAGUCUGCAGUUAAAAAGGCUGCAACUAGUGAAGGAGAAACUGACGGAGAGUUUAUUAAUCCUACCCCUGCUAUGUUGGCUAUACUCAAGAGGAAGAAAGAGGUUGAAGAGGAAAAGGCAGCCAAGAAGAGAAAGAAGUAAACAAGAAUUCCUGUAGAACCUAUCUCAGUCUCAUUUUUAUCAUGGAUUGACAUUUAAUAAUUAUUUUUUGUAAAUUAUGAUCACUGAUCAGUACAGGUCAGCUUUGAUAAAUAGCGAGAAGUAGGUGAACCGCGCAUUUGUAGUUUAACCACGGUUCAGGUCGAAGAGAAGUGGCUGAACUACGUCUGCGUAGUUCAACUAUGUUUCACUAUUCAUUAAAUCGGGUUCUAGGCCCCAUAUUAUUUAUUCAUCUUUUCAGAGGAAAGCAUUCGGUGCCAUCAGUAUUAUUUUAGCACAAUAUGUGACUAAUUGAUAUGUUUUUAGACCCCAUUGAUUAACCAAAAAGUCUACGAAAUCUCCUAAAAUAACCUGUGAUAAUUUUUCAGAA